CUAAAACCAUUCUUUUAACUUAGGAAAAAAUAAGACGAAGAUGAGAUUGUUCUUAACCAUUGCGAUUUUCUGUUACUUUUACAGUGAAGCCUAUGGGAAAGUUUCUUUAGAUAUCGAUAUGAAACUAAAGACUCUAAAUAAGCCAGCGUUAAAGACCAUCAAGAGCCAAGAUGGAGAUAUAAUAGAUUGUAUAGAUAUCCACAAACAACAUGCUUUUGAUCAUCCCGCCUUAAGAAACCACAAGAUUCAGAUGAAACCGAGUGUGGCAUUUGGUACAACGAAGACCACUGCUCCAAAGAACGGUACUUUAAAACCGAUAACGUCUCAGAUUUGGUCCAAAUCUGGAAACUGUCCCAUAGGGACAAUACCGGUUCGUAGAGUCAGUAGAGAAGACAUACGCAGAGCCUCUUCGCCGUCUCGUUUUGGAAUGAAAACUACUCGAAGAUACAACGCUCUCAGCACCGCACUUCAACGCAAGGCCAAGGCCAAGGCCAAUUUCAAUUUAACAGCUGAAAUGCUACGCCAACCACGCCCAAAGGACCGAUCGGAUGCGAUGCUUAUAGCCCUAGGGUACAGUUAUAUCGGCGCUAAAUCCGACAUAAAUCUUUGGAACCCUCCAAGAGUUGAGCCACAGGAGUCAAGCUCUUCCCAGAUCUGGCUCCUUAGUGGCCUCUCCGACGAUUUCGAGACCGUAGAAGCUGGUUGGGUGGUGAAUCCAAGCGUUUUCGGAGACUCCCGCACACGUCUCUACACCUACUGGACUUCAGAUUCAUACGCUACAACAGGCUGCAUGAACCUCUUAUGCUCCGGUUUUGUGCAAACAAGUACUAGAUACGUUCUAGGUGCAGCUAUAGAACCCAUUUCGACUACCUCGAGUGAACAAUAUAUCAUCUCCGUUAGCAUAUUCCUGGAUCCAAAUAGCGCGAAGUGGUGGUUGACUUUCGGAGACACCGUGAUGGGGUACUGGCCGCCGGAACUCUUCGAUACCCUCAAACACAGCGCCACCGCAGUGCAGUGGGGUGGAGAAGUUUACAGCCCUAACGUGAUGAAGAAGCCACACACAAAAACAGCAAUGGGAAGUGGACAAUGGGCAUCUUAUCUCUACGGCGAGGCUUCUUUCCACACCAACGUUAGGAUCCAAGACUAUUCCUUGCAGAUCAAGUAUCCCGAGCGUACGACCGAGUACGGUGAUGAGUACGAUUGUUACUCUACAAAGCUUCACCGAGAUAACUAUAAGGCAGAGCCCUUUUUCUACUUCGGAGGACCUGGCCAGAAUCGUCGUUGUCCUUGACUCCAACCUUUGUACCGCCCAACUCAUAUAUUUGAAUGCUUUAAUUAAUCUCUGUAAUUCAAUAGUUAAGGGUGUUCGAAGAAAUAAUAGUGUUUGACACAUAUUUUUCAAGAAUAUAUGACCAAAAAUACAAUGUGGUGGUCUCAAGUAAUUU